CCUCUAGGGUGCAACCCACUUCUUCUCCUCUCCACCUCCCUCCUCUUUCCUCUGUGAUGACACGGCCCUGGGGAGGAGAAGCUGUGCAGAGCUCCUCACUGUCGGGCAACUUCAGUUUCCUUAUCACCACCAUGACAUCAUCUCUACCAUGGAAAUUCCACUCGCCCUCCUGUGCCCCCGCCUCUGUCCCAGUCUUCAGAAUCCCUAUAAAGAGGGUCUCCCAACUCAGCAUCAGCACAGAACACAGUCGAGUUCUGAAGCUUCUGCGCUCUGUAGUCUCAGCUCUGAGAAAGCCUCUCCUCCUCCGAGACCAUGAAACUCUGCAUGACUGUCCUCUCUCUCCUCGUGCUGGUGGCUGCCUUCUGCUCUCCGGCCCUCUCAGCACCAAUGGGCUCAGACCCUCCCACUGCCUGCUGCUUCUCUUACACCCUGCGGAAGCUUCCUCGCAACUUUGUGGUGGAUUACUACGAGACCAGCAGCCUCUGCUCCCAGCCAGCCGUGGUAUUCCAAACCAAAAAGGGCAGACAAGUCUGCGCCAACCCCAGUGAUGACUGGGUCCAGGAGUACAUGGAUGACCUGGAACUCAACUGAGCCGCCCCAGGUGCAGGGCAGGAGGUCUCCAGGGAAGGUCACCUGAGCCCGACGCUUCUCAGAGAGACACACGCCCUCAGUGCUCACGACUUUUCUCAGUAGUCUCUCUUAACUGAGUCUUUAUUAUGUGCUGUGUAUAUGUAUUUGGUGUUAUUUCCAUUAUUUAUGUUUGCUUUGCCAAAGGACACAUGUCCCCCAUGGGGAUGGUUCACCAUCACUGUUUCUGUACUAUUGCAGAUACAUGGAUAAUGCAGUUGAUUCCAUGUGUUUUCAUAAUAAAACUUUAAAAAAAAUG